ACCCAAGGUGGGGGGGGCAGCACCCAAAGAGGGGGUGUCAUUACCCCGAAAGGCCACUAGAUGACGCCAUCCGCCCAAGGAUGCUGCGGGGGGCGGGGCGGGCCGCCGGGGUCCCUUCCCGCACCCCUCCCGCAGUUGAGGCAGGGGUGGGGACACUAGGGGACUCCCGUGGGCACCUCCGGGCUGAGGGGGGCCGUUUCCCGGGGGCAUCUGGGGGUAACACCACCCCCCACCCCAAACCCCAGCCUUGUGGGGGGCACGGGGAGGGGACCCCCCCCGUACCUUUCUGGGGGUGCACAGGGGAGGGACCCCCCCACCCCAGCCUUCUGGGGGGUAGAGGGGGCGGGGGGGCGCUGGUAAGCCCUGCCAGCCCCCCCCCCCGGACACCCCCGGGUACCCCAACACAGCUACAGCCACCCCCACUGUCCCAGUUCACCCAAACUGGACGCCCCCCCGCCCGCCAUGAGCUCCCGGGUUUUUGGGGCUUCACCAAGCGCCAGCCUGGCCGAGAAGCCUCCGGCAGCUGGAGGCACCAGUGCCUCCCAGUCCCAAACUGGUUUAGGACUGCACAGACCUGCUCCCUGUUUGCGCCCCGCUCCCCAGCCGCGUUCCCCGGCCUGCAGGUCUCCAACCGGCUUUUCCUGCUGGAGAAACCCUCUCCCAGAAGGAACCAGCCCUGGUGACAGUCCGGCUGCGGGGACAGCCUGGCCGGGGACCUCGGGGAUGUCCCAGCGGCUCCUCCGGGACCUUGGGAAACCUCCCCAGGGAGGCCCUCGCGGAGCCCCAAGCGGGACAGGCGGCAGGGCUGGGCUUGUCCCAGACAUUUCUGUCCCCCUCUGAAUUAAUUCCUCAAAUCUCAAGUUACGUUUCCCAUGCGGAGAGGCGAGGCCGUGCCUUCGCAGGGCUUCUGGGUCGCGCUUCUGCCUCGUCCCGGCUGCUUCCCUCUGCAACUCAGCUCAAGUUCUAUUUCUUUCUAUUUUUAUUAUUUCUAUUUCUAUUAUUUCUGUUGCUAUUUCUACUUCUAUUUUGAUUAUUUCUAGUUCUAUUUCAAAUUUCUCCUGCUCCUAUUCCAAUGCACAUUCGUAUUCUUGUAUUCAUAUUUUCCUAUUCAUAUUUUCCUAUUCAUAUUCUCCUAUUCCUAUUCCUAUUCCUAUUCCUAUUCCUAUUCCCGUUCCCGUUCCCGUUCCCGUUCCUGUUCCCGUUCCUGUUCCCGUUCCUGUUCCCGUUCCUAUUCUAUUUCCAUUCUGUUCACAUUUUUCCACCCCAGCCGCGGCCCCGGCGGUGGCGGCGGGUCCGGGACUCGAACCCGCGGCCCCGGAGGUGGCGCAGAGCCCCGCUGCGGCCGCCAGGUGGCGCCAUUGCCCCGCGCUGCGCUGCGGGGGGGGCGGGGGACAACGCCGGGGGGGGGCAGGUGGGGAAAGCCCCGGCCAGGCUUAAGGACCCGCCCCCAGCCCCCCCAGCCCCUCUCAGGGGUAUGGGCCUGCAGCGGAGGCAGAGACCCCCCCCCCCACCAAAAUAAAAGUGCCCCCUCCCAACCCGCCCCUCCCCCAAACCCCCACCUCGGUCCUGGGUGAAGGGGGUGGCUGGGGACAGCCCUGCAAGUGCUGGGGGGGUCGCAGGGGCUGGCUGGGAGCCCCGGGCUGGGUGACACACCUGGGGGCUCUUAGGGCAGUGGGGGGGCCAGGGCCUGGACUGUGGGUGGGAGAGGGGCACAGAUCCCCGGUGGGGGGGUGGGGGUGUGUGUGUCCCCAGAAUCAGGGCUUGACACCACCCCAAGAUCCCUACGAGGGAGGUUGGGGAUAGCAAGUUUUGGGGUACAAGAGGGUCCCCCACUCCAUGAGGCUGGGGAUGGUGUUGAACCGGGAGACACUGGUAACUAGUGGGAGAAGGUGGGUGCCGGGGGGUGGGUGGUGUGUGUCUAAAACAGACCCCCCCAUAGCCACCCAGCGCCAAGCCCAGAUCCAUCCUCCUCCCUAACCCCAACCCUUCCUCCCCCCCCAAAAACACCCCCUCAUCCUGCUCCCCCUCCAAAUCCCCCCACAGCACCAAGGGUCCCCGUGGGGGGUGGGGGUGGGGUACACCAAUCCCCUUUCAAAAAAGUCCCCCUCCCGAAUCACACGGUGUCCCCAGAGGCCCUGCCAGCCGCCCCCCCCGUCCCGCCCCUGCUGCUGCAGACAGGAGCCUGCGAUCUUUAUUUAUUCCUUCUCCCUCCUUCACCCACUCUUUGUUGUUUCUUGAGAGAGGGAAAGAAGGAAAAAAAAAAAAAAAGAAAAAGAAAAAAAACACACACACAGAGAGAGGAGGCAGGAGCCUGUUUUGCCUCCCAGGCAAUAUUUCUGGAGCCAAUCGGAAUGCGCACCCACCCUGCCCUGCUCCCUAAUUAAAGGCUUUAAGCAGGCGGCCGGGGCUGGAGGUUUGGGCACAGUCUCUUGGUUGCUCCUCGCAAGAGCCGGUGCGGAGGAGCCGGCUCAGGGCACGCCAGGCCUGACGCGCGGGCAGCCGGAGCCGCCAGGUUGGGGGGUCCCCAGCCAGGCGGGCAGCUUCCCCCCCCCCCAGUUCCAGCGAUGAGCGGCUCUUUCGACAAGAAGCUCUCCAGCAUCCUCACCGACCUCUCGGGCUCGCUGAGCUGCCAUGCAGCCUCCAAGGACUCUCCCACCUUACCCGAGUCCUCCGUCACCGAUCUGGGCUACUACACCAGCCAGCAUGACUACUACUCGGGCCAGUCCUACAGCCAGCCCGUGAGCCACUACCCCUACCACCAGUUCAACCUCAACGGCAUCGGCGCCGCCGGCACCUACUCGCCCAAAUCCGACUAUUCCUACAGCCCUUCCUACCGCCAGUACAGCCACUUCAGGGACCAGCAGCUCCCAGCCCAAGAAGCAGUGUCGGUGAAGGAGGAGCCGGAGCCGGAGGUGCGGAUGGUCAAUGGGAAACCCAAGAAGAUCCGCAAGCCCCGCACCAUCUACUCCAGCUACCAGCUGGCGGCUCUGCAACGCCGCUUCCAGAAAGCCCAGUACCUGGCGCUGCCCGAACGGGCCGAACUGGCUGCCCAGCUGGGGCUCACCCAGACCCAGGUGAAGAUCUGGUUCCAGAACCGCCGCUCCAAGUUCAAGAAGCUGUACAAGAACGGCGAGGUGCCGCUGGAGCACAGCCCCAACAACAGCGACUCCAUGGCCUGCAACUCCCCCCCUUCCCCGGCCGUCUGGGACAGUAACUCGCACGGCAGCGCGCCGGGCCGGACCCCGCUCCCGCAGCCGCUUCCCUACAGCUCUUCCCCUGGCUUUUUGGAGGAGCACAACCCCUGGUAUCACCCCCAGACCCUCAGCGGACCCCACGGACCCCACCAGCCACCGCCGGCCACCACGAUGCAUCACACCUCCCCGGGGCCUCCCCCCAACACCGGCGCCGUCUAUUAACAGCCUGGAGUGAGAAAAGGAACAAGAGACAGUGGCAGAACUCCUUUGCCUCCUUUUUUUUCCCCCUAUUUUUUUGGUUUUUCUUCUUUGUUUUUUUUUUUUUUAAGAAAAAAGGACACCCAUGUACACGCACCCCUAGAUAUACACUUACAUAUCCUAUC